AUGUUCUUCUCGCGCCAACUCGCCGCAGUAGCCGGCCUACUGACCGUCGCCGCCGGCUCGGUCCUGACCCUCGAGCCGAGACAGAACGUCGCCCCGGGCCCCGUCUCCGGCGACACCUUCAUCCACGACCCGACCAUCACCAAGACCCCGGGCGGCACCUACCUGGCGGCCUUCACGGCCGACAACGUCGGUCUGAAGACGUCCACCGACCGCACCACCUGGAAGGACGCCGGCUCCGCCUUCCCCAACGGCGCGCCGUGGACGACAAAGUACACGGGCGGCCUCAAGAACCUCUGGGCGCCCGACCUGUCCUACCACGACGGCAAGUACUUCCUCUACUACUCCGCCUCGAGCUUCGGCUCCAGCCGCUCCGCCAUCUUCCUCGCGACCUCCACCACCGGCGCCUCCGGCUCCUGGACCAACCAGGGCCUCGUCAUCGAGUCCACCGAGAGCAGCGGCUACAACGCCAUCGACCCGAACCUCAUCGUCGACGCCGACGGCCGCUGGUGGAUGUCCUUCGGCUCCUUCUUCUCCGGCAUCAAGAUGGUCGAGCUGGCCCCCAACACGGGCAAGCCCAAGAACACCAACAUCAUCUCCAUCGCCACCCGCCCGGACAACGCCGAGAACGCCGUCGAGGCGCCCUUCAUCACCCGCAGCGGCAACUACUACUACCUCUGGGUCUCGUUCGACCGCUGCUGCAAGGGCGCCGACAGCACGUACCGCAUCAUGGUCGGCCGCUCGACGAGCGUCACGGGGCCGUACGUCGACAAGAGCGGCAAGCAGAUGAUGCAGGGCGGCGGCACGCGCGUCAUGUCCAGCCACGGCUCCGUCCACGGGCCCGGGCACAACGCCGUCUUCACCGACAACGAUGCCGAUGUGUUGGUGUACCACUACUACAACGACGCCGGCACCGCGCAGCUGGGUAUCAACCUCAUCCGCUACAGCAGCGGCUGGCCGGUCGUCUACUAA